AUGAUUGAACCCUACAACAAGCUGGUUAAACUAGCGGCGAGGGCUUUCUAUGAUGAUCUUAAUCAGCCCAAAUCGGGAAGGAGUGAUAACAGAGGAAUUGCUGUUGUGGUUCUUGAUGCGCUCACGAGGCGACGACAAUGGGUUAGAGAAGAAGACUUGGCAAAGGACCUCAAAUUGCAUACAAAACAACUUCGCCGAACUCUGCGGUUCUUUGAAGAAGAAAAUUUUAUUACUCGAGAUCAUAGGAGAGAGUCAGCAAGAAUUUAUAGUGCUGAUGGCCAGCAAACAGGAAAAGAUGUCAAGCUGCACACACAUUCUUACUGCUGUUUAGAUUAUGCACAGAUAUAUGAUGUAACUAGGUACAGACUGCAUCGCAUGAAGCAUAAGCUUAAAGAUGAAUUGGAGAACAGAAAAACACUUCAGAAGUAUAUAUGUCCAAACUGUGGAAAAAGAUACAAUGCUUUGGAUGCCCUGCGGUUAAUAUCUUUUGAAGAUGAGGACUUCCAUUGUGAAAGUUGUAAUGGAAAACUAGAGGUUGAAAGUGAUAAAAUAGCUGCUCAACAAGGGGGAGAUGUGGAUGAUAAUGUAAGAAGACGAAAGGACAUGCUUCAGAAAAUGGAGGUUCAGCUCAAGCCUUUAAUGGACCAACUCAGUCGGGUAAAAGACUUGCCUGUUCCAGAAUUUGCCAGUCUCCAAGCAUGGGAAGCUCGAGCUAGUGCUGCAAGGCGCGCAGCUAAUGGAGAUAUCAAUGGUGGUGAUUCUAAAAAUUCUCAGGGAUAUAAUGGAGCUCCAAUGCCAUACAGCGAAGAUACUAAGGUUGUAGUUGACUUCAAUGGUACUGAAGUCAAAGGAGAGGGUGUCAAGUCUGAAACUGAAAGUACAUCUUUGAAGGUUUUGCCUCCAUGGAUGAUUACUUCAGGGAUGAAUCUUUCAAAGGAACAACGCGGGGAGGUGAAGCAGGAAAUGAAGAUGGAUGGGACUUCAACUUCAACAGCCGCACAGUACACGGAUGAUAAGAAAUCAACAAUUGGGCAUGAUGAUAAGAAUAUGCAGGAUACUAUUAAGGCUUAUUAUGCUGCUUUGCUUAAGAAACAAUGUGAAUUGGAAGAAGUUGCAAAAAAACAACAAUCAGUAGAUACACACGCUGCAGAUGAUCCUUCUAGCAGUAUUUCCAGUCGCCAGGUUGGCAUGAAAUCAAAACGUGAGGAAGAUGACGAUGGUGCUGAGUGCGAAGAGGCUCUGUUGGGAGGCAAUGGAAAUGCAGGUUACAAGGUGGAUUUGAAUAUUGAAGCUGAUGAAGUUCCAGCAGAUGAUGAUGAAGAAGAUGACGAUGUUGACUGGGAGGAAGGUUGAUGAAAAUAAAUCAUCUGGUCAGUGUGAA